UUCCGCCAUUUUUCCACCAUCUCUCAGUUCUUCGCUUCCCCAUCCACUCAUAAUCUCUCUCUCUCUCUCUCUGAAUGCAUCACUGCACCGUAACCCUGAAACCCCCACCUCCACACCAUGUAUCCUCCUCUCGCUCCCACCUGAUUUUUCCCCCCAGCCCUAGGCUGACCAAAUCCCAAUCCCACCCCAUCUUCGCGCCAAUUUACAUUCGUGCUCAUUCCGUCUCCAACCGCACCGCCAGAGGGCUCGAUGUCUCCGUCUCCAAACACUCCCCAAACGCCAGCGCCCCAAAUGGCUCCCUACACGAUUGGAAGCCGAAGAGCGUCGGCGUUAAAGACGUAGAUGUCGCCACUCUCGGCAAUCUCUGCGUGGAUAUCGUGCUCAAUGUGCCCAAAUUGCCACCGCCCGAUGUCCACGACCGCAAAUCUUACAUGGACCGGUUGUCCGCCUCGCCGCCGGAUAAGCAAUACUGGGAAGCUGGUGGAAACUGCAACAUGGCCAUAGCAGCUGCAAGAUUAGGACUUAAGUGCAUCGCAAUUGGGCACGUGGGUAACGAAGUAUAUGGACAGUUCCUUUUAGAUGUCCUUCAAGAUGAAGGAAUUAGCAUGGUUGGAGUGAGUGACAACAAUACCAAUGUUGACAGUUCAAGUGCAACGUAUGAAACACUUUUAUGCUGGGUACUCGUCGAUCCAUUGCAAAGACAUGGUUUUUGCAGCCGAGCUGAUUUCAGUAAGGAGCCUGCAUUCGGUUGGAUGAGCAAAUUAUCUGGACAAGUAAAGACAGCUAUUAAACAGUCAAAGAUUCUGUUCUGCAAUGGUUAUGGCUUUGAUGAGCUCUCUCCUGGUGUAAUAGCCGCAGCUGUAGAGUAUGCUGUUGACGUUGGUACAGCAAUUUUCUUUGACCCUGGACCACGUGGAAAAAGCCUUUCUGCUGGUACAACAGAUGAACGAGAAGCACUUAACCUGUUGUUGAGGAUGAGUGACGUUCUUCUCCUAACGUCUGAUGAGGCUGAGUCAUUGACGAGCAUUAAAAACCCAAUAUUAGCAGGGCAGGAGCUGCUCAAGCAAGGGGUGCACACAAAAUGGGUGAUUGUCAAAAUGGGUCCAAGGGGUUCAAUUCUAAUAACUAGGUCAAGUAUUUCUUUCACACCAGCUUUUGAGGUAUCAUUUUCUAACUUUACAUUUUCUUAUGACAUUGUCGUGAACUUGUAG